AUGUCAAAAGUUCAAUUACCAAACACAAAAUUAUUUAUUAAUAAUGAAUGGGUAGAGUCAGUUUCUGGAAAGAAAUUUAAAACAUUUAAUCCAGUGAAUGAAGAAUUAAUUUGUGAAGUUUCUGAAGGUGAUAAAGCUGAUGUUGAUAUUGCAGUGAAAGCAGCAAGAGAAGCAUUAGAAAAUGGAGAAUGGAGUAAAAUGACAUCUGAAGAUAGAGGUAGAAUUAUAUUAAAAUUUGCAGAUUUAAUUGAAAAACAUAAAGAUAAUUUAGCACAAUUAGAAACAUUAGAUAAUGGUAAACCAUUGACAGCAUCAAAAGGAUAUGAUAUAACACAAUCAGAAAAGACUCUUCGUUAUUUCGGUGGUUGGGCUGAUAAAAUUCAAGGUAAAACCAUUCCAAUUAGUAAUGAAUAUACAUCAAUUACCAGACAUGAACCAAUUGGUGUAGUUGCUUUAAUUGUUGCUUGGAAUUAUCCAUGUAUGUUAUUAUGUUGGAAAUUGGGACCAGCUUUAGCUGCAGGUUGCACAAUCGUUGCUAAACCAUCUGAAUUCACCCCAUUGACUGCGUUAUAUCUUUGUGAGUUAAUUAAAGAAGCUGGUUUCCCACCUGGUGUUUUCAAUUUAGUAAAUGGGUUUGGUGCAACUGUUGGUAGUGCAUUAUCACAUCAUAUGGAUAUCGAUAAGAUUUCAUUCACUGGUUCAACUAUAACUGGUAGAUUAAUUAUGGAGGGUGCAGCAAAGAGUAAUUUAAAACCAGUGACAUUAGAACUUGGUGGAAAAUCACCAAAUAUCUUCUUUAACGACUGUGACGUUAACCAUAUUGCACAAUGUGCUAAGGAUUACGUUUUCGCCAAUAGCAUGCAGUCAUGUUGUGCUCCAUCAAGAUUCUUUGUUCAAGAGAAUAUCUAUGAAGCAUUUUUACAAAUUUUCACAGAGAAUAUUAAAUUAUUAAAAGUUGGUGAUCCAAAUGUAAAUGGUACAAAUUUAGGCCCAUUAGUUAGUAAACAACAACAUGAUCGUGUAUUAGGUUACAUCCAAAAAGGUAAAGAAGAAGGUGCAACUUGUCAUUUAGGUGGUGGUAAUUAUCAUCAUGCCGAUGGUAAAGGUUAUUUCGUUCAACCAACUAUUUUCACCAAUGUCACUGAUGAUAUGACAAUUUGUAAAGAAGAAAUCUUUGGUCCUGUUGUUGUAAUUUUACCAUUCAAAACUGUUGAUGAAGUAAUUAAAAGAGCAAAUAACACAACCUAUGGUUUAGCAGCUGGUGUUUGGACUAAAGAUAUCAGUUUAGCAUUAAAUGUUUCAAAUAAAUUAAAAAGUGGUUCAGUUUGGAUUAAUGAAUAUUAUUCAAUCAUGCCAUCAAUACCAUUUGGUGGUUAUAAACAAUCUGGUAUUGGUCGUGACCUAUCUGAAUAUGCAAUUCAAAGUUAUUUAUCUGUUAAAGCUGUUACAAUUGCUCAUAAAACUUUACAUGCUCAACAACAAUAA